UUAAUGGACUUCAAUACAACCGGAUUCUCGAUGUUGACUCCAAAACAACUGAUUAUGUUCUAUGGCCCACAAUCACCUCUAAACAACAGUAAAGCAUUGGAUUUUUUCAUGUCAUUAAGUGAAGAUGAUAUGCACCGUCAUCUCAUUAAUGAUAUCCGUGAUAUGGCUAAAAUGCAUUCUUUAUUGAAAAUACGCCGGAAACGGCAAAACAUACUUGCUCCCUCAGCUUUCUCUGCGAAUGUUCUUAAUCCAGGUGGAGGACCAUCCAUCCUAUCACCUGCAGCAUUUUCGUUAUCACUCCUUUCUCCAUCAGUCCUCGGUGUUUCUGUAUUAAGCCCAGGUGCAUUCCUUGCCACGCUCCUCUCUCCAAGUUUGCUAAGUCCUGCGAUCUUAUCACCCGUAGCAUUUACUUCUCUUAUCCUUUCACCAUUUGCUCUUAAUCCGGGAAUUCUAAGUCCCGCUGCACUCUCACCGGCCAUCUUAUCACCCAAUGCAUUAUCACCGGGUAUUGUAUCACCAUCUGUACUUUCACCUGCUAUUUUGAGCCCAUUUGCUCUCAACCCUUCCGUUUUUUCACCAUCAGCACUUGGCUCUGUAAUCGCAAGCCCAUUUGCACUAUCACCGUCCUUCUUUUCACCAUCUUAUAUCGCUGCGGUUGUCUUUUCACCGAAUGCUUUUUCACCAUCGUUCAAUUCAACUGGUACAGGUGUCACGGUGCUAUUUUCGCCUAGUGUAGGAAGUUGA